AUGUCGCUGGACGGUACCCACAUCGGGUGGGCGGGUACGCUGGACAGUCCCUACACCGGGGGGACGCCAUUGGAAAGUCCCCACACCAGGGGGACGCCGCUGGACAGUCCCCACUCCGAGGGGAGCCCGCUGGAUAGUCCCCACACGGGGGGGACGCCGCUGGACAGUCCCCACACCGAGGGGACGCCACUGGACAGUCCCCACACCAUUAAGACGCAGCUGGACAGUCCCCACUCCGGGGAGACGCCGCUGGACAGUCCCCACACCGGGGGGACGCCGAAGGAUAGUCCCCACACCAGAGGGACGCAGCUAGACAAUCCCCACACCAGAGGGACGCCGCUAGACAAUCCCCACUCCGGGGGACGCCGCUGGACAGUCCCCACACCGGGAAGACGCUGCUGGACAGUCCCCACUCCGGGGGGACGCCGCUGGACAGUCCCAACAGCGAUAGGAAGCCGCUGGACAGUCCCCACACCGGGAGGACGCUGCUGGACAAUCUCCACACUGGGAGGACGCUGUUGGACAGUCUCAACACCGGGAGGACGCCGCAGGACAGUCCCCACACCGGGUGGACGCCGCACGACAGUCCUCACACCGGAAGGACGCCACUGGACAGUCCUCACACCGGGAAGACGCCACUGGAUAGUCCUCACACCGAAGGGAAGCCGUUGGACAGUUGCCAAACCAGGGGGACGUCGCUGGACAGUCCCCGCCCAAGGGGGGACGCUGCUGGAAAGUCCCCACACUGGAGGGCUCUUUGCUGGACUGUCCUCGCACCAGGUGGACGCUCCUGGAAAGUCCCCACACCGGGAGGACGCGCCUGGACAGUCCCCACACCGAGGGGAGACCACUGGACAGUCUCCACACCGGGAGGACGCCGCUAGACAGUCCCCACACCGGAGGGACGCCGAUGUACAGUCCACACACCGGAGGGACGCCGCUGGACAGUCUCCACACCGGGAGGACGCCACUGGACAGUCCCCACACCAGGAGGACGCCGCUGGACAGUCCCCACACCGGGGGGACGCCGCUGAACAGUCCCUACACCGGAGCGAGGCCGCUGGACAGUCUCCACACCGGGAGGACGCCACUAGACGGUCUCCACACCGGAGGGACGCUGCUGGACAGUCCCCACACCGGUUGGACGCCGCUGGACUGUCUCCACCCCGGGAGGACGCCGCAGGACAGCCCCCACACCGAAGGACGCCAUUGGACAGUCCUCACACCGGGAGGACGAACUGGACAGUCCCCACACCAGGAGGACGCCACUGGAUAAUCCUCACACUGAAUGGACGCCACUGGACAGUUGCCACACCAGGGGGAAGCCGCUGGACAAUCCCCGCACCAUGCGGAAGCAGCUGGAAAGUUCCCACACUGUAG